GCAUGACUAUCAAUGUGUGUCUAAGGAUUUACGAAAGUAAUCCGGAUAUUGCAUUUUGGAUUUUUCUUCUGAUCAAUUGCGACGUCGGCAGUGAAUAAACAAUUAAGCGGUCCUGUACCGACUUACUCGCUCGCAUUUUGUAAAAGCGACCGUGAGGUAUAGGGCGCGAGAUGAGCAUCGAUACACUGUUGGAAGCCGCCAGGUAUUUGGAAUGGCAAGCCCAGCAACAACAGAUUACACGUGAGGAGGAGGAGAAGCGGGAGAAUGCCCUCGCCGCCCGGGAGGCUGAGCAGCAACAGCAGCAGCAGCAGCAGCAGCAUCAGCAGCAGCAGCAGCUGCGGCGGGCGGCCGAGAUGGGUCCGUCGCUGAUGCCCGCGCCCAUGCAGGUGAACCACGUGAGCUGGGGCGUGGAGCCCCAGCGGCUCCACCCGCACCCGCACCAGCACCAGACCCACCUGUCCCCCAUGCAGGCCUCCAUGCCCAUCACCGUCAUCCCCAUCCCCAUGGUGCAGGCCAGCGCCGCGCCCCAGACUCUCCCCACCGCCACAGCCGCCGGCGCGCCCACACACCUGCGCGCGGUGGGCCCCGUGUCGGUGGUGGCCCCCCUCGCCACGGCGCUGUCCCCGCAGCCGGCUCCGCUCCUCGGCAGCUCCUCGUCCACGGCGGCGGCGGCGGCGGUGGCGAUCGGUGCCGCGCCGGGAGGGAAGGAGAGUCCGUCGCCGCCACGCCAACGGCACCUGGUGGCCGCCGUGAAGGCCGAGACCAGCAUCCUGCCCCAGACGGGAACCAGCCCCAAACAACAGCAGCAGCAGCAGCAGCAACAACAACAACAGCAGCAGCAGCUGCCGCCAAACUCCCAGCCGGCCCCUCCUCCUGCCCCGCACGGUCAGCCUGCCCAGCUGCUGCAGCCCUACACCGGCCCCAUCAUCGCCGCUCCCCAGCACGCCCUGCUGCCCCAGCCUACCCUCACGCCGCCGCACGCCCAGCCGGGCCAGAUGACGGUGCGGCCCAACGGCGCCUCCCUGGAGGACAUGAGGGGCCUGGAUGGGAAGAGGAGACCUGGCGGAGCGGGAACAAGGGAAGUGCACAAUAAGUUGGAAAAGAACAGACGAGCACAUCUCAAAGAGUGCUUUGAGACCUUGAAACGGAACGUUCCAAACGUGGACGAAAAGAAGACCUCCAACCUCAGUGUGCUGCGGAGCGCCUUGCGUUACAUCCAGACGCUGAAGCGCAAGGAGAAGGAGUACGAGCACGAGAUGGAGCGGCUGGCGCGCGAGAAGAUCGCCACGCAGCAGCGGCUGGCCGAGCUCAAGAACGAGCUGGGCCAGAGCAUGGACGUGCUGGAGAUCGACCGGCUCCUGCGGCAGACCGUGCAGCCCGAGGACGACCAGGCGUCCACCUCUACUGCCUCAGGUAAAGGAGAGGAGAACUUCGACCAAGACGUGGACAGCGACAUGCCGCUGGCCCCCUCCGCCGCCCUCCCCAAGCCGCCCCACGCGGCUGCCCUCUCCUCUGACCCGCGGCCGGCCAUGGCGCCCGCUCCCCUCCUGCCCGCGCAGCACCUGACCCUUCACCCCCACAAGCUGGCGUCGGCGGCGGCGGCGGCGGCCAUGACGGUCUCGGCGCUGCCCACCGCCGUCACCGUCUCGGUGUCGUCCGUCUCGUCGCCGUCGCCGUCGCAGCCCCAGGCGCUGGUCGCCCCGCAGGCCAUCGCCCCGGCGCCGCUGCCCGCCGCCGUCGUGCCCGUCUCCACCGCCACCCACGUGGUGAUGCCCCAGCAGCCGCACCCGCAGCAGACCACCGUCAUCGCCCGCGCCUCCAUGUCCCACGCCUCGGUCAUCCAGGCGGUCAACCACGUCCUGCCGGCCGGCUCCAAGCACCUGGCGCACAUCGCCCCGUCCGGCGGCGGCCCCGGGCAGGCCGGCCCCGCCGUGGGUCAGCCCAUCGGACACAUCACCGUGCACCCCGUGGCGCACCUCAGCCAGCACCUGCCCGCGCUCUACCCGCAGUCGCUGGCCGUGUCGCAGCCGGCCGUGGUGGGCCACAUCGCCCACGCGCUCACCGCCGCACACCACCCGAGCCACGGGCCCAUCGUCAACGGCGCGGUCCCGGUGACCGGCCCGCAGGCGGCAUCCACGGUGGUGGGCAAGCCCACGGCGGUGAUGGCGCACCACCACCACCCGCAGCUGGUGGGGCAGACCGUGCUCAACCCAGUGACUAUGGUGACCGUGCCUCAGUUUCCCGUCAGUACGCUCAAGCUGGCCUGAAAACGAAUCAACGAACUAACACAGCAAACAGACUGAAUGACUGACAAACAAACAAACAAACAAACAAACAAACAAACAAACAAACAAAAAAAACGAGCGAGCGAGCUGUGUGAGUAAGUGAAUGAGUGAGUGACUGAGAGAGCGAUUGGGUGAUGAGUGGGUGUGGUGUGCAGUGGUGGCCGUGGUGACACUGACAGACCUCUCCGUUGGUGCGAAGCGGCCGACGGCUUCACGAGCCCCAGGUAUGGGAGUCAGACCCGGAAAACGGAACCUGAUCUGGGCCACAUCCAGGCCGGAUCAGGCCCGGACCCAACCCUCUCUAGGAUGCUUCCUCAUAGCUCACGUCCUCCAGUUUUGUUCCUGGCAAAAUGUUUUGAGUGAAACCGUGCGUCUUCAGACUUCCAUGUUCACCUGAUGUUACUGUCCGAGUGAGUAGACGCUGUGGGUCCUAGCUUGUUUAAAAUCUAGACCUUCAACGAUCUCAGUCAUAGUAUGCACUUAGUCAUGGACUUGUAGAGUGGAAAAUGUGUCCCUUUUGGCUUCAUGUCAUGUUUGUGUUUGUUUUACAUGUCGAUUUAUUUGUUGUUAUGUCCUGUGUGUGGGUGUGUGUAUGUGUAUGUGUGUGUGUGUGAUUUUUUAACUGUACCCACAAAGAUGCCCACAAUUCACGUCUCCAAGGCAUAAUCCCCUUCCCCAAACACACACACACACACACACACACACACACAUGCGUGUGCACACACACUGACAAACCCUCUCUGUGAGAGCCCAGUGGUGGCUCCUUGGCAUUACCGGAAUGCCAGGCUUUAAUGUCAAGGCAGCAUCACCGUUGUCAUGGCAGAGCUGGGGAGCUGGAAGUCUGUCUGAAGCUCAAUAAACACUGAACUGCUUUUACCCACAAGUGUCCUCAGCAAAAUACAUUGUCGAUCUGUCCUGCCCUUGACAGUAGUUUUGGUUUUGGCUUACUGGCCAUGGUCCUCAUGAAAUGUUUGUGUCCCAGUGGAAAAGAUACGCAGCGAUCCAUUGAGGAAUGAAUUUCUGAUGUAGACGGGUGUCGUAGAGUCCAUGAUGGAUUGGGCCCGGAUCAGGGCCAGAGCCGGACUCUUGUCUCUGGGAUGCUGAUAUUCAGAGUCUAACCUCAUCUUGGCUGUGUGUAACAAGACAUACACACGCAAACCUGGAUACUGAGAUCCUUAAAGUGCCUCAGAUAGGGAGGAGUAUAGCCCAAGUCUGCCCUCUGGUGUCCACAAAGAGAAACUGAAUGUCCGGGAAACACUAAACAUGUGUCACCAUGGCUUUAGCAAUUAGUAGCCACCGAGCUGCACUAUGUCGAUUUAAUCACAUGCUUCACUUGGAAUUCAUAGGAGAGACCACAACUUUGCAACUUUCAAAUUAGAGCCCAGAGAAUGUUGAACAUGCCCACCUUAGUGCUGUUCAUCUUAUUCACGCUGGCACAAAACCCAGAAUGCUCCUAAGCAGUUGAUGUGGUUGCCAUUGACUACAACAUUAAGUGUGAGUUAAUAACAAGUUAACAAGUCUCUCAUAUUUCACAGUGACUGAUCCUGGUGUACAGUAGUUUUAAUUGUGUGUAUGUACUGUAUGUCUUUUCUCUCUGUUGACGCCUGGUUUAGGUAGUGUGUGCAUCUGGAUGAAGCAGUGAGUUAGAACUGGAUGAUAACAAUGCUGUCAAAGUAUGGAAUGUGUGCAUGUGCACACUCGGUUGCUCAUAGUGUUUAACCUAUUCAUUCUGACUGUGACUGUCGAGUUUACUUUACCAGGGUCGCGUUCCUCGUCUGCAUCCUAGAGACGCGGAGCUUGUUGUGGGUACUUCAGCAACACCAAUCUUACCGUCGAGACCGCUAGCCCUGACAUCAGUCACUAUCUUGUGAUGACACAUAAAGGUGCUGGUUUCUGGUACUUUCAGUGUGUUCUUUUCUUUUUGUUCCUCUAAUCCUUUGUUCUCUGAAGAGGGUGACCUGGGAGUGCUCAUGCCGGCUGAGGAGUGCGCCCUCUCUCGUCGUAGUGGGUGUAGCGGCGCUGAUGUAGCGUGUGUGUGUGUGUGUGUGUGUGUGUGUGUGCGUCGGUGUGGCGUCGUAUCAGGCUCUGGGUUGAACCUUAACACUGUGACACCCCACUUAAGGCCACCCCACCCCACCUCCAUUACUGCAAGGAUGCGUGCGUGUGUGUGUGUGUGUGUGUGUGAGUGUAUAGAAAGACCAUGUUUUCCAUACUCUGUAAAAGAAAGAAAAUGUAAUGUCUGUGAAAUUUAUUUGUGAGGGUUUUUCUUUUUUUUAAUAUGUGUAUGUAUGUAUACAUGUGGGUAUAUGCACGCAUUCACAUAUGUGUAUGUAUAAUUAAGAUUAUACUGUUGCCUGUUUUUUUGCAUGUAGAUUGCAAUUCUUUCCAUUCAGAUAUUGAUUUGUGAUUUGUAUUAAUUUCCUUAUUAUUUUUUCUGGGACCAUGUACUAUGGUAUGAUGUGUGGGGACCUCUAGACCUCAUCCUACAUUGAUAUUAUAUAUAAAAACUGUGCGUUUUUCCCUAUGGAGAAAGUUUAAGUUAUAUAUUGCCUGUACAUUUUGGGCUGCAUUUAGAUCUAAUUGUCCACUAUGUUUAAAAAGAAUAACAAUCAUGAAAGUAACAACAAGAAAACAUAUACUACAUUAAUAAAAAAAGCAAUGAAGAUUCAUAAUAAAUCUU